AUGCUUUUUACCUCCGCCGCCUCUCCUCCAUUGUUGCCGAUUCUUGAAGGAGUAAAUCUGACCCUUCGUCGUCCUCAUAUAUCCUCCUUUCGAGCCAGGAUGGGUCAAUACAGCUACACUCAACCGUCAACUAGUUCCAUAAGGAGUGAGAGUUCAAUUGCUCGGCGUCGAGCAGGUAGAACCUCUGGUUUUCCCAACAGUUGUUACUGCGGUUUAGUGCCAGUUAUCAAAACAUCCACUACGGCCGAGAAUCCGGGUCAGAGAUUCUAUGGUUGUCACAACCAUACGGAUGGUUUGUACCAUAUAUUCAAGUGGUGGGAUGAGGCUAUAAUGAAAGAGUUUGAAGAGAUGAAGCGGGUGGUCGAACAACAAGCUGAUUUAAUUCGUUACUUCAAAAGUAAGGAGAGCCAGGCCAUACGGGAUUGUGUUGAUAAACCAACGAUUUGGCAUUGCAUUCAGAAAACAGACAUAGAGCUAGCGCACCUGAAGGAGAUGAUUAUUGAGACUCGUUACAGAAGCGACGAGGUGAAGAAUGUGAUGGUAGCGUGUCUAAUCAUCGUAUGUGUGAUGAGUUUUGUUUGUGUUUGCUUGAGAAGAUUUUAG